UUUGAACUGUCAUUGAGGAAAAAAAGAAACGGAAAUAGUUUAAUAACAUUGUAAUUGCAUUUGCAGUCAAUGCAGUCUUAAUAAACAUAGUGUAUUAUUGAGGAAAAUAUAGAAAGUAGAUAAAAAAAUAUGCAGAGAUAUGUACUGUAAUUAGUAUCAACAUAAAUAAACCCGACGACACAGUAAAGUACAGAAAAAAGAUUGCGUGCAGGAUCAUAUUAAUUUCAGAAUCUAGCACCGGAUCGGAAACGUGACCCACUGAGAAGAUCCGGCGAGAAACUCAGUGGGCUGUGUCUAUGGGUUAAUUCGCUCGACGAGACCUUCAUCGCAAGCGACGGGUUCAACGAGGACGGUGACCGGGGUUAAUAAUAUGAAAUGUAAAUUGCAUUGCAAGCCAGAAUUUGAUCUAUCGUUUAGAAAAUGGGUAGAAAGGUGACAGUAGCGGUUUGUACGUUGAAUCAGUGGGCUCUGGACUUUGAAGGAAAUUUGAACAGGAUAUUACAGUCAAUCCAAGAAGCCAAAGAGCUCGGUGCACUGUAUCGAACUGGCCCGGAGUUAGAGAUAUGUGGUUAUAGCUGCGAAGAUCACUUCCACGAAUCCGACACGUACCUUCACAGCUGGCAAGUGCUAGUCGAACUAUUGAAAUCGCCAACAUGUAAAGACAUACUCAUAGACGUCGGUAUGCCGGUACAGCACCGUAACGUCUCAUACAAUUGUCGUGUGGCGUUUUUCAACAGGAAGAUAAUACUUAUCAGACCGAAAAUGAUAUUGUGUGACGACGGGAAUUACAGGGAGACCAGAUGGUUCUCCUGUUGGACUAAAGACAGACAAGUCGAAGACUUUUAUUUACCAAGAAUGAUAACGGCAGUGACGAACCAAUCCACCGUUCCUAUUGGUGACGCGGUUAUCUCGACCAGAGACACUUGUAUCGGUUUCGAAAUAUGCGAAGAAUUGUGGAAUCCACAAAGCCGCCACAUUCCGUUGAGCUUGGACGGGGUAGAAAUAAUAUCGAAUGGCUCCGGCAGCUAUAUGGAGCUCCGUAAAGCGUACGUCACGGUCGACUUGGUGAAGAGCGCGACCUUCAAGAGCGGGGGCGCAUAUUUGUUCAGCAACUUGAGGGGCUGCGACGGCCAGAGGAUAUACUUCAACGGCUGCUCGUGUGUGGCCGUGAACGGAGAAAUUGUCAGUCGGGGGCAGCAGUUCGGCUUGAUCGAUGUUGAAGUAACGACCGCUACCAUAGAUUUAGAAGAUAUAAGGUCUUAUCGAGCAAAAAAUAGAUCUCGUUGUCAUUUGGCAGCUUCGAAUAAACCAUUUCCCAGGAUCUUUGUGGAUGUUUCGCUGUCUGACGAUGAAGACAUACAUUUAACGACGAAUCCACCUAUACAAUGGCACUAUUUGAGUCCAGAAGAGGAAAUAUCUUUGGGUCCCGCGUGCUGGCUGUGGGACUACCUCCGUCGCUCGGGCCAGGGCGGCUUCUUUCUACCGUUGAGCGGCGGAGUGGACUCCAGCAGCACCGCAUGCAUUGUGUUCUCUAUGUGCACACAGAUAUGCGAAGCCAUUAAGAAAGGAGAAAGUCAAGUGUUAUAUGAUGUAAGGAAAAUCAUGUGUCAGCCUGACUACACACCGUCCGACCCGAUGGAGCUGUGCAACAAGCUACUGGUUACUUGUUAUAUGGCGUCGGAGAACUCGAGCCGCGAGACCAAGCAGAGAGCUUCGCAGCUCGCAAGCCAGAUAGGCAGUUACCAUUUCCCAAUUCUGAUCGAUACGGCGGUUAAUGCUGCGCUUGGGAUCUUUACUGCGGCCACUGGUCUUUUACCGAUAUUCAAAAGCAAAGGAGGCUGCCCGAGACAGAACCUUGCAUUACAAAAUAUACAAGCCCGUAUACGUAUGGUUCUGUCGUAUUUGUUCGCGCAGCUAAUGCUCUGGGUCCGCGGCAGACCUGGAGGUCUUUUAGUACUGGGAUCCUCAAACGUCGACGAAGCCCUGCGAGGCUACAUGACCAAGUACGAUUGUUCCAGUGCAGAUAUUAAUCCCAUCGGUGGAAUAUCUAAGACUGACCUCAAAUCUUUCUUACAUUACGCUAAGAAUAGAUUUUUCUUGCCGUCUCUAUCGGAAAUUCUAGAAGCACCUCCGACUGCAGAACUCGAGCCAUUGGCCGACGGUCAGAUAACGCAAACCGACGAACAAGACAUGGGUAUGACAUACGCUGAACUGUCCGAAUUCGGAACUUUAAGGAAGACCUAUAAAUGCGGCCCUUACAGCAUGUUCGAGAAACUGGUUCAUAAGUGGAGUGAUAAAUGUACGCCUAAGGAGGUGGCUGAAAAGGUGAAACAUUUUUUCCGGUGUUACGCGAUCAACAGGCACAAGAUGACGGUGCUGACGCCUUCCUACCACGCCGAGACAUACAGCCCCGACGACAACCGCUUCGAUCUCAGACCUUUCCUAUAUCGAGUACACUGGAAUUGGCAGUUUAAGACCAUAGAUGACGCUGUCAUACAAAUGAGCAAGGAAAAGCGUACAUCAGUUAGCCGGGUUGGAUAUGAACAGAGCAAAACAAAUCCGAAUUCUCCGACUACUACAUUGAGUUCGUCGUUCACAAAGAACGACAGACAGGGUGUACUGAUAUGACAUUAAUGAACACUAGCUAAAUAAAUUGCUGUUUCUGACGCGAAGCAGUCGUACGUGAGGGUUCGAAGGUGGCUCAAGAUGGGUUGCAGCAUUGUGGUAUCCAUGGGCCCCAAUAAGUUCAAACACCCACGUAAGCAUUAAAAAUAUAUAUCGAGAGUUGAUGGCUAUUUGGUUUAAGCGAAAUUUUUUAAACUUUACAAUGGUGAAAUUUAAAGUAUAAAAUUUGGAAAAAUACCAUGACAGAAAAUCUUCUUCGGCUAUUUGAAUGGGUGAACUUAAUUGAGGUUUAAUUAAAACAUCGAAUAGUUGAUGCUAAUCUUAUAUAUAUAAAUGAAUUGCUGUUCGUUAGUCUCGCUAAAACUCGAGAACGGCUGGACCCAGGGACGUCUUAAAUCAGGCUGUGCUCCUGGGCACACAAGAAUUUGAGGCUCUUUUGGAAAGUAAAAAAAGCAAAUUAUAAUUACAUUUUUUUACUGAGUAUGCCCAUUUGUUAUAGGUAAUCAAAUACAGUAUGAUAAUAAUAUAAUGUGUCAUUAAUGAUAUUAGAAUGCUGCUGGUUUUUUGGUUACGAUUACGAUAACGGUUCCCGUUAACGUAAUCGUAACCAUUAGAUGGUGUACUUAGUAAAUUAGGUAGGAUGCGUUCGGAAAUAUUAUUAAUUAGUACAGUUGAAAUACGCGCAGUCAUCGAUAUAAUGGCGUAAUAUAUGCCUUGUAAAUUCCUUCUGAUAAGAUUACUGAUUUGUAAAAAAAGUGUAAUGUGCCCAACAAUAAUGUUUUGAGAAUAAAUGUGUGAGAGAAAUUGUCGGUCCUUCGGGGCCCCCUGAGAAUGGGGGCCCUGGGCGCGGGCCCCGUGUGCCCUUAUGGUAAAGACGGUAUUGGCUGGACCGAUUUAGCUAAUUUUGGUCUUGAAUUAUUCGUGAAAGUCUAGACAAGGUUUAAAAGGUAGAUAAAUAUGAAAAUUGUGGGAAUUAAAUAAAAAUAACAAUUUUGUUUUUCCUUUGAUGUGUCCCCUGUCGGACGGAUUCCUUUUGUUUGCUUUAAGUUUAUUUAUACAAAAGUUUAGGUCUUUUAUUUAUCGAUUGAGGCACUACGAAGUCUGCCGGGUCAGCCAGUACCAAAUAAAACGCAACUUUAUUUAAAAAACUAAAUGUCGCGUAUUUAGCGAAAUGUCGCUUAAACCAAAUAGCCUGUCACCCCUCUAUAUACUUAUAUGUAUAUUUAUUUAUUUGUACCGUAGAGAUUCGAGAUAAUCAGUUCUCUAUGUACGGCCGAUGUGUUAAUGUGAAUUUAAAUCACGCGUAGAAAAUUAAAAAUAGAAGUAUUAACAUUUGCCUGGUUUAUCGUAAUGACAGUAUUGACAGUAUUGUAGUUUUGUUGGUGCUUGUGCGAUGAGUUUUUAUUUGUAUUAAGCUGUAAUUUAGAUGUGUAGUUUAGCGAUAACCGAACUGUGUCGUGGUACAAAGUUGGUGAUUAAAAGACAUAUUUAUAGACACAAAUCAUGAAUGUUAAAUAAAUGUUCCUUAAAAAUU